UACUAUUAAUUCAAAUGAUUUUAACAAGAAUUAUAGUACAUCAUACAUAUUAGAUAGUGGUUGUUUACGUAUUCGUUCUAGUUCACAUUUAUUAUCGACUCAUUUAUGUAUGACUAAUUCUCUCACUAAAGAAUCAUUAUCAGAUAAUAUUAGAGGUUGUUCCAGUUAUCCAUUAUAUACUCAAGAGAAUAUCGAUAUAUGUCCAGACUCAUGGUUCGAUAUAAACACAGAUUGUUAUCAAAUAUCAGAUAGACGUAAAACAAUUCAAGAAACAAGAAAUAACUGUGGUGGUUUUCUAGAAAUACCGAAUGGGUAUCCAGAAAUACUGAAGAAAUUAAUCAAUUUUUUUAGUCGUGAAGAUAAUGAUUCACUGAUGAAAGGAAUGUUUCAAAAAAUAAAUGCUGGAAUCGAUAUAUUUCAUGAUGAAGUUGUACAGUACACAUCAAAAUGGCAAGUUCGUCUUGGCUUUUUUAUUCUUGAUACAAAUGCAUCAAAUGCUGAAUCAAUAUUCUCACGUACAGAAGAAUCUCAAAAAUUAGUUUCUGAUAUUGAUGUCAAUGUAUCAUCUAUAAAUGAAUUUCAAAUGAUUAAUUCAAAUUAUGAUAAUAACUCAACCACCAAAGAUAAUUCAUGCUUAAUUUUUGAACGUUCAAUUACCGAUGAAAAGCAAACAUAUUUUACUUUAAAAACAAAUCAAAUUAGUAUUUGUUCGAAACCAAAACAUAUUCUAUGUAAAAUGAAGUUACCUUUUGAUUUUAUCACUCAAGAUAUUUGUUAUCGAAAGCCACUAACACUUGGUUUACCUGUUAUAAUAUCUAACUAUUUAACAAUUGAAUUAUGUUUAUCUGUUUGUGGCGUAUUACAAAAACACUUGGCUAUUAUUAAUAUGAAUAAAUGUUAUUGUAUGGAUAAUACUAAGGGAAACAUUAUUGGUGACAUCACCAUUGGCGCAAACUAUAAAACUAAAAAUUGUGGAAAUCCUUGUCCAGGAAAUAAGAAUCAACGUUGUGGUGAUACAGAUACAGUCGUUGUCCUUAAUGUGCGUAAGAAUCAAAAUAUGUUGCAAACAAGCAGCGAGUAUCAUACAUUUGGACUAAAUUCUGAUAUCGUUUACAAAAAUUGCGCACACUUCAACUUUGAAAAUUCAUCAGAAAUAUAUCAAUUCAAUUUUCUUCAUGAACAAGAUGUUCAUCCACAUUAUUGUGUACAAUUGUGCGCUAAAUAUCAACAACAAUAUGCUCUACUUAAUUCAAAUAAAUGUUUAUGUACAAAUAUCCAAAUUAAAGGAGAACUAAAAGAAAAUUAUCGAUUUCUACUAUUUGAUUCUCCUUGUAAUCAACAUUGUUUAGGUAAUUACUUUUAUUCAUGUGGACGCAAUAGCAAUUCAACAAUCUAUUCAGUGUAUACUAGACGCUCAGAUUGCCCACAUGAUUUUCAAGCUAUUGGCGAUAAAGGACGGUGUGUUCAUCUUGGUCUUUCAGCAAGAAAAAGUUCUUACACAACAGCACAAUCUUAUUGUAAAUCUAUGGAUGGAAUACUAGCAAAAAUAGAUGACAUUGUAGAAAUUCAAGAUCUUCUGCCUAAAUCUAUAAUAACACAAAGUUAUUUUGAUAAAUAUGCAUUUUCCUACUCUGGAAGAGAACCUAAUAUGCUUAUACAUUUUUGGAUUGAUCGGAUAUUAGAUAGGUUAAAUGAUAGUAAGAUAUCCGAUCGUUUCAUUAGUAAAUGUUUUAAAACAUCAAAAUCAAUUGAUCACAAUUGUAUUGCUCUUGAUCAUGAAGAAGUUUUAAUUGACGAUACGGUUGCUGUUAUACAAUGUUUUUCUGAAUCAGAUCAAUGUUCGUCAACAUCUGCAAUACCUGUUUGUGUUGACAAAAAUUUAGAAUCUCAUUCAAAUGCAAUACCUUCUAUGGAAGAUAGUGAUUCAUCAAUCAUAAAAAUGAAUACAUUCACAGAUUAUUUAUGUAGUAAUGAUACAGAUUAUCAUUUAAUUGAUGAUUAUUGUUAUAAAAUAUUAUUACAUGAAACAACUUGGCAUAAAGCAAAAACUGAAUGUGAACGUGAUAAUGCUACGCUAUUUUUACCCAAGAAAAAUAAAGUGGUCUCUUUAGUAAAGCAAUUAUUUUUACGUCGAUAUAGUUACACAUCAUCUGAUAUUGCACAUAUUGAUGUACUUUAUGAUGAUCAAAACUUUACUACUACACAAAAUAUCACCAGUAAUACAAGUACUUCGAAAUCUGUAUUUAAUCUCGAUAACAUUUACAGUUCAUGCAAAAUGUCAUUCGUUGAAAAUUUUCCCAUUUUAUUGUCAUUACUAAAUCGAACAGAGAAAGUUAUAGAUAAGCGCAAGACUCAUCAAACUGCUUGUGGAUACAUUAAUUUUCGAUCGUACAAUUCACAGUGGAUUUCAUGUAAUCAAGAAUCUUGCAAUCGACCAGCGACUAUAAUAUGUCAAAAAUCACCGACUAUAACAACUCAUGUUAUUUUAGCAAAAAGUGAUUCGAAAAAUAUACCAAUAAAAUUGACUCAAGAAGAAUCAAAUGCUCAAACAUUUAUUAGCAAACGUUCUACAUAG